AUGACGCCAGCCAUGCGCUGCCUCGUCCUGCAGAUCGCCCUCGCCGCCACCCGCGCCCUGUCGCUCGCGGGCGCGGGCGCCAGUGGUCUCGAGGAGAUCAGGCCUGCGCAGGCGUGGGCCGUGCCUGGCCGCAGGCCCGAUCAGCUCGAGAACGACGUGGUCGCGCUGAUCCAAAUCAGCAUUGGCGAGGUCCGCCGAGGGAGGCCCCGCGCCGGGCCCGCCGGCGUGCGCGCCUGGGGCGGCCGCGUCGCGUGCGACCGCACGACGUGCGAGGAGCCCCCGGCGCCGCUCGGGGGACUGAGCAUCUCGAUCCGCAUGUCUGCGCUAGGCUACUUGCCGACCACCGGGGCGCUGCUUUUGCCAGAGGACAAGAAAGUCCAGGAGCUGGGGGGAGGCCCUGCCGGCGUGCACCUGCGCGCCGCGGCAGUCACUCGCGCCGUUCAGAGUUGCAUCCUGUACUGGAACAGCUAUUUCGGACACCCCAUAGGGCACGGAGGCACGGACUGGCUGCUCAUCUACAUGUCUUCGGAGGCCGAUCAGAGUUCCCUGUUCAUUCCCAUUCACCUCAUUGUUCAGGGCGUGGGGGCCGGGCAGACCACGAAGGUCUUGGCCUGUGGCGAGGGGGCUUCAGAACUGGCCAGCCUGGAUCAUGCUGGACCUCACUCCGUCGGAAUGGAGCCAGGGCGCAGAUGGAAGCUGGACUUGGCGCUGGACCACGGGAUAGCGCAUUAG